AUUGAGAGCUAGAAAACAAUUUAGUCGGGACUCUGAAAAACCUCCAAAAUCUUGCACUCUCCAUCUUAUCAAGCAGUGAGCAAAGAGUAGAAGACAAAGGGUUCAAAGGAUGAGCAGGUCGGGUCAACCUCCGGAUCUCAAAAAGUAUAUGGACAAGCAACUUCAAAUAGAACUCCGGUUAACUGCAACAAGCAAGCAUUCGGCAGUCAAGCUGAAUGCCAACCGCUUAGUCAUCGGCACUCUUCGUGGGUUUGAUCAGUUCAUGAAUUUGGUCAUUGACAACACUGUGGAAGUUAAUGGCAAUGAGAAGAAUGAAAUUGGCAUGGUGGUAAUUCGCGGUAAUAGUGUGGUGACUAUUGAAGCAUUAGAGCCAGUUGCCAGAGCGCAGUAGCUCUAAGAUUUGUUUGUCCAGCCGCCAAAGUUCUAUAAUACAGUCAAGCCUCUGUAUAACAACCUCAUUUGUUCAAGAUAUUUUUAGAUGUUAUAGCGAAUUGAUGUUAUAGAAAAUAUAUAUUAUUACAGAAAAUGAAAUUUGGUUCCGAAAAAAAUUGGCUUUUAUAGUGAAGUGCUGUUAUACAAGGAUGCAGUUAUAAAGAGGUCUGACCGUAUGUGCUAUGUCAAGUGAUAAGCAGUUCAGUGACCCAAGAUUUCAAGAUUUUUAUACUUAAAAAGUGACCAUUAUACCAAAAUCUUAUUUAUCAGCACUUAAUGUAAAUGGAAGAUACUAAAUUCUAGGUAAAUAGGCUAUGCUGUAAUAUCAUAUUAUUGAUACAGUGCGUAUCUCAGUCAUCAAAUCACUUUUAUGCUUUUA